UCACCCCCAGCAAGGAUGAAUGACAUUCAGGAGGCCACAUCUCCAGCAGCCAGCAUGGGUGGUCCUGUCACCUGUGUCUCUAAAGUGGAACUUCGCGUCUCCUGCAAAGCUUUGCUGGACAGAGACACGCUGAAUAAGUCCGAUCCCUGUGUCAUUAUUAUGGUGCAGGCUCAAGGGCAAUGGACAGAGCUGGACAGGACAGAGGUCAUCAAAAGCAACCUGCAUCCAGUUUUUGCCAAGGUCUUCAUGGUGGACUACUACUUUGAGGAGGUUCAGAAGCUACGGUUUGAGGUGUAUGACAUCCACGGCACGCACAGCAUUGGGACCCGCGACGAUGACUUCCUCGGGGGUGUGGAGUGUACCCUCGGCCAGAUUGUGGCCCAAAAGAAGAUGGUAAAGCCCUUGCUGUUAAAGUACGGAAAAUAUGCUGCAAAGUCAACGAUCACGGUGCAUGCAGAGGAGAUUUCCGGAAACAAUGGAUACCUUGAGCUUUCCUUCUGUGCAAAGAAGCUGGAUGAUAAGGAUCUCUUCAGUAAGUCUGACCCAUUUCUGGAAAUUUAUCGGAUGAACGACGACGGAACUGAACAGCUGGUGCACAGGACUGAGGUGAUCAAAAACAACUUGAACCCGGUUUGGGAGCCCUUCAAAGUGUCCCUCAUAUCCCUGUGCAGCUGCGAUGAGGACCGGAAACUCAAGUGCCUUGUCUGGGAUUAUGACUCCAGAGGAAAGCAUGACUUCAUUGGGGAGUUCUAUGCAACUUUCAGGGACAUGCAGAAAAUAUCCAGUGGGAUCAAGGUGUCGUGGGAUUGUGUAAAUCCAAAGUACAAGCAAAAGAAAAGGAACUACAAGAACUCUGGUGUUGUCAUCCUCAGCGACCUUAAGCUCCACAGAGUGUACUCCUUCUUGGACUACAUCAUGGGAGGAUGCCAGAUCCAUUUUACGGUAGCCAUUGAUUUCACAGCCUCCAAUGGGGACCCCCGGAACAGUUGCUCCCUGCACUACAUCAACCCCUACCAGCCCAAUGAGUACCUCAAGGCCCUGAUAGCAGUGGGAGAGAUCUGUCAGGACUACGACAGUGACAAAAGAUUUUCAGCCUUGGGAUUUGGAGCCCGAAUUCCACCAAAUUAUGAGGUUUCCCAUGACUUUGCUAUUAAUUUCAACCCUGAAGAUGAUGAAUGUGAAGAGAUCCAAGGGGUGGUUGAGGCUUACCAGAACUGCCUUCCCAAGAUCCAGCUCUACGGGCCCACCAACGUGUCGCCCAUCAUCAGCCGGAUAGCCAAGCUCGCUGCAGGGGAGGGGACCAUUAAAGAUGCUUCGCGGUACCACAUUCUGCUCAUCCUGACGGACGGCGUGGUGACCGACAUGGCGGACACACGCGAGGCCAUCGUGCGUGCCUCCUACCAGCCCCUGUCCAUCAUCAUCGUCGGCGUGGGCAACGCAGACUUCACAGACAUGCAGAUCUUGGACGGAGACGACGGGGUUCUGCGCUCGCCAAAGGGAGAGCCGGUCCUUAGGGACAUUGUUCAGUUUGUGCCCUUCAGGGACUUCAAAACGGCUUCCCCGGCGGCGCUAGCCAAAUGCGUGUUGGCAGAGGUUCCCAAGCAAGUGGUGGAGUACUACAGCCACAGGGCCAUCUCCCCCAUGAGUCCUGGGAGGGGCCCCUCACCGCCCGCACUCAGCCCCCUCACCAGCAUCCCGACUGAAUGAACACGCCCACUACGCCAGCAUUGUCCCCGGAGACGUCAGCAUUAGCGAAGGGCUUGACGAGCGUCGUGUCUCAAGGGCAAGAAAUACGUCUUUGAGGUUGUGACUGUUUGAUUUAUUUUCAUUCCUCCAAAGGUGAUAAAACAACAGAUCUUCAUUCCGUUCCCCCUACUCAAACUGGAUUGGUUUCUUGUGUUUCCCAGCAGCAUGCUGACGCUUGGCUCAUCUCAUGUUUUGUAUUGGAUGCAUGCAGGCCGUUCUCCUUGGUAACGAUGAACUAGGAACACAGUGACGACACGCUUGCCACACAGCUGUCCACUGCAUCCCUUAAAGGUGCUGUAGGUAAGGUCUCACUAUCUUAAAU